AUGUCGUCGAGCACGAUCCGGAAGGCCCUGGGCGCGGUGAAGGACCAGACCAGCAUCGGCCUCGCCAAGGUCACCAGCAACAUCGCGCCCGACCUGGACGUGCUCAUCGUCAAGGCCACCAGCCACGACGACGAGCCGGCCGAGGAGCGCCACAUCCGCGAGAUCCUCCACCUUACGUCCGGAUCCCGCGCCCACGUCGCUGCUGCCGUGGCAGGGUGCUCCCGGAGGCUCUCCCGCACCCGCGACUAUGUGGUCGCGCUCAAGUCACUCAUGCUCGUGCACCGGCUCCUGGCCGAUGGCGACCCGUCCUUCCACCGCGAGCUCCUCCACGGCACGCGGCGGGGCACCCGCCUGCUCAACCUCUCCGAUUUUCGGGACGAGGCGCACUCUGGAUCCUGGGAUCACUCUGCCUUUGUGCGCACCUAUGCCCUCUACCUUGACCAGCGCCUCGAGUUCUUCCUCCAUGAGCGCAAGCAGGGAUCAAAUAAUGGCAGCAGCAGCAGCCAUAAUGGUCCGUCACCACGUGAUCGUGACCGCUGGGGUUCACCUGAUCCCUAUGGCCGCCGCUCUCCCUCCUAUUCGUCGCCCCCUGGGUAUGGCGGAUAUGAUGAUUACCGCGAGAGGAAUGGUGGGAACAAUGAUGACAAGAGGCCGCCGACCCCAGUGAGGGAUAUGAAGCCAGAGCGGGUCCUUGCUCGUAUGCACCAGCUACAGCAGCUGCUUGACAGGUUCCUUGCUUGCCGUCCCACUGGUGGCGCAAAGCAAAGCAGGAUGGUGCUGGUUGCGCUGUAUCAGAUUGUGCUGGCGGUGCUGCUGGACAGGUUCUUUGACAUGGAGUAUGCUGAGUGCGUCAAGGCUUUUGAGGCAUAUGCUAGCGCUGCAAAGCAGAUUGAUGAGCUCUGUGCAUUCUAUUCAUGGUGUAAAGAUACCGGAGUUGCAAGGUCAUCUGAGUACCCAGAGGUGCAGCGUGUCACUGAUAAGUUGCUGGAGACGCUGGAAGAAUUUAUGAGGGACCGGGCAAAGAGGCCCAAGAGCCCACCACGGGAGCCUGAACCUGAGCCUGUCAAGGAGGAACCUGAGCCGGAUAUGAACAGCAUCAAGGCGCUUCCAGCACCAGAAGAUUAUAAGGAGCCUGAACCUGAGAAGGUGGAGGAAGAGGUGAAGCCAGAGCCACCCCGCAGCCACAGGGUGACUUGGUGGAUCUCAGAGAAGAUACUGUUAGUGCAGAUGAGCAAGGGGCCACCCGCUGCUGGUGGAAGCAAUGGGUCAUGGGAGGCUUUCCCUUCAAAUGGUGGCAACGAGGUGACUUCGGCAUGGCAGAAUCCUGCAGCUGAACCUGGGAAGGCUGAUUGGGAGCUUGCCCUUGUAGAGACAGCAAGCAACUUGUCCAAGCAGAAGCCAGCAAUGUCAGGUGGUAUGGACCCGCUGCUGCUGAAUGGUAUGUAUGACCAGGGUGUUGUGCGCCAGCAUGUCAGUUCACAGGUGACAACCGGGAGUGCCAGCAGCGUCGCCCUGCCUGCUCCUGGACAGAAGACUCAGAUGCUUGCUCUGCCUGCACCGGAUGGUUCAAUGCAGACUGUUGGUGGUGACCCCUUUGCAGCGUCCCUUGUUGUCCCACCACCGUCCUAUGUGCAGAUGGCAGAUUUGGAGAAGAAGCAACAGCUGUUGACGCAGGAGCAAAUUAUGUGGCAGCAGUACCAGAGGGACGGCAUGCAAGGGCAAUCGAGCCUGAACAGGCUCGACCGGGCUUACAACAACGGUGUCGCCCCCAACCCGGCUAUGCCCUAUGGGAUGCCCACGGCAUACAACACGAACCCCAUGCCAAUGGCCUACACCGGGAACACUGGGUAUUACUACCCUACUUACUGA